CCCAGCUGCCCCAAAGGCCCACCUUUUUAAUGUUGUAUGCUGCUAGCGUUGCUACCUGACAUGGAGAUGUAUGGAGAAUUGCAAUGAGUCUGGCGCAGAGGCCGGCGGAGAGGCCCGAGAUGAGUGUGAGCAGGCUGGGAAGGGGAGCCAGUGAGGAACCCUCAGGAGAGUAACUGAUCCUAUGGCAUGAAGGAAGGUAGACAGCUGCGGCCCUCCACCAAUAACUGGAAAAACCAGGAGAAGCCCGGCGAGGCCCCCAGCACGCAGGGACCCCCUCACGGCAAGCUUCUGGCCCAGCCCAGCCAGGCCCCGGAGGGCUCAGAAUGAAGCCCGCCUUCGUCUCUUGGGGGAUUGGCAUUCAGAUGAAGACCCGGCAGGAGAGAUUGCAGCGUGCACGUGGACCCCGACAUUGCAGAUGACGCUGAAGGGGGAGCAGGAGCUGACGUGACCGUGGAUAGUCGGGACGCCCGGAGUCCUUCCAGCCCCUUUUCCCUGGGCCGGGGGCAGACAGAGCCGUCCGCUCACCGAUCUACAGCCGAGCUGCAGAGCGUCCGUCCUCCCCGAGAGCAGCAGCCAGCAGCCUCCUGCGGAGACCUGGAGGAGAAGUUGGGCCCGGCCAGUGGCCCGGCAGUCUGGGCUCAGGCUGGCCGGCCGGGUGACUCCCUGACUAGAGGAAAGACAAGAUGGUGGCCUGGGACAGUAGCAAUGCCACAUCAGCCCCAACCUCUCUGCCCAACAUCACCAGCCCACACCGGUGCUUGCUUCUACUCUACGAAGACAUUGGCACCUCCCGGGUUCGGUACUGGGAUCUCCUGCUGCUAAUCCCCAAUGUGCUGUUCUUCACUUUCCUGCUCUGGAAGCUGCCAUCGGCUCGGGCCAAGAUACGCAUCACCUCCAGCCCCAUCUUUACCACUUUCUAUAUCCUGGUGUUUGUGGUGGCCCUUGUGGGCAUCGCUCGGGCCGUGGUCUCCAUGACCGUCAGCACUUCCGAUGCAGCCACUGUGGCAGAUAAGAUUCUGUGGGAAAUCACGCGCUUCUUCCUUCUGGCUAUUGAGUUGAGCGUGAUCAUUCUGGGUCUCGCCUUCGGUCACCUGGAGAGCAAGUCCAGCAUCAAGCGCGUCCUGGCCAUCACCACAGUGCUGUCCCUGGCCUACUCGGCCACACAGGGGACCUUGGAGAUCCUGUACCCGGACUCCCACCUCUCCGCCAAUGACUUCAACAUCUACGGGCACGGGGGCCGCCACUUCUGGCUCGCCAGCUCCUGCUUCUUCUUCCUGGUCUACUCGCUCGUCGUGGUCCUCCCCAAGACGCCUCUGAAGGACCGGAUCUCGCUGCCCUCCCGGAAGAGCUUCUAUAUUUAUGCGGGGAUCCUGGCCCUGCUGAACCUGGUCCAGGGCCUGGGCAGUGCCCUGCUCUGCGUGGACAUCAUCGAGGGCCUCUGCUGUGUGGACGCCACCACCUUCCUCUACUUCAGCUUCUUCGCCCCCCUCAUCUACGUGGCCUUCCUGAAGGGCUUCUUUGGGUCGGAGCCCAAAAUCCUGUUCUCAUACAAAUGCCAAGUGGAUGAGGCAGAGGAGCCAGACGUGCACCUGCCACAUCCGUACGCCGUGGCCCGCCGGGAGGGACCCGAUGCACCCGUCGGCUCUUACUCCAAUACUCAGAUUGACACAGCAGCCUAUUUGGACGAUGUGGUCUCCAUGCCCUGCCACGUGGGCAGCAUCAAUAGCACUGACAGUGAGCGCUGGAAGGCCAUCAAUGCCUGAGCCCUCGCUCCCUGGGCCUCUGCCUCCCAAAGCGUCCCCCAGAAGGGUUUUGGAGGUCCAAUAGGAGGGGAACUUUUCACCUCCAAAUUCUCUAGCCCCUUCCUCACCCUAACCCCAGUAGCAGGCACCGAGCCCCAGAUCUGAUUACUGGUUGCCCAUCUUGGCCAUACUAGCUGGUGGGAACUAGCUGGUGGUAGUUUCUCCUGGGAAGAAAGGGGAGAGCCAACAGAAGUAUGCCCAAAAAGCAGGGAGAAUGCCAGCGGAUCCAGACAUCUCCAGGAGGCAUGGGAGUGUUGGAGAAGCCUUUGCUUGUAGGAGAGGAGAUGAAGCUGGGUGGGGAAAGAGCUGUGACAGGAAGGGGGUAGGAGGUCGGGAGACAGCUAAAGUCCAGAGGCCAUGGGGUGGAGGGCACAGGCCUAGUGGAAGUCAAGACAGAGCUGGCCAAGAUGAAGAAGAGGAAAAAGCUGGGUGAAGGUAGAGGACGGGUAAGAAGGAAGCCCAUUGGGGUUGGAGGCUUGAACCUACUAAGAAUGGGCAGAGGAGGAGGUGAUUGUCUCUAAAGGCCGAGCUGGCUGGAGUUGAGGCCAUCUCUUUGGGCCAGGUCUCCCUCCCCAUGCUGCUAAGUUUGGUGGCUAAGAUGUCCCAGAACCCUUUGCCCUUUCAGAACUGAAAACAAGACAGAGGAGGCCCUGGGGAGAGACUACCAGAAGCAGAUGUGUCUGCUUUGUGGGCAGUAGGGAAUCUCUGGAUCUCCUCUCUUCUUCCCCACUGAGAGAAGAGCUCAGCCAACUUCUGAUUCAGAAGGGCUAGUGGGAGUUGGUGUGUUUGUGAUGGGGAGCCUCUGGGCAUCUACCCUGGCCUUCAGGGGCCAUUCUGGAGAUCAUCCCAGCUUUGGGCCUCCUCCUUUCCCCCUCCAAGGAGGGUAUGCUGUUACUUCCUACAGUGUUGGCUAUUGGAAGAGGUUCUUUCGAAGCUUUUUGGCCACAGCGUUUAGAGCCCGGCUUGGUUGGGCCCAGGCCCUCAUCUUGCCUAGGCAUUGUGUCGAGGUCAGUGAGGGGAGCACCAGGCAGGAGACAGGCUCAGGGCUUGCCCUUCUAGCUUGAGUGGUUAUUUCCAAAUCUUUGCUUCCUUCUGAAGGAAGAAGGGUAGUUCAGGGGGUAUUUUCCCUACCUUCUUCCUCCCCGAAUCCCUGGUUAAGAAGCCCGAAGGCCCUUAAAUCCUGCUGUGUCUCUUCCCUAAUGCAUCAAUGUGGCUUGCUGAGCCUUCCAGCCUGGGGGACCAUCUGCUCCCUAAAGAAGCUCCCAGCCAUGAGGGCCUGGUUCCCAGCCUCCUUCCCCUCCUGUCUUCCACAACAUUCAGGCUGAAGAAUGUCUUGUAUAGAACUGCUAAGUUGUGCAUAUUUUAUUGUUCCUUCUUUGUUUUUAAAAGAAGAAUAAGAAUAAGUGGGGGGAAAAUUGAA